AUAUAUGCUGAAGAAGCAUCCAUUGCCAAUCUCAGAUCAUUCUGGACUUCAGUAAUCCAUAAAAGGGGAGGGGGCUUGUCUGGAGAAAGGGAAGGGGGAAAGGAGUAGAAGGGAAAGGGGAGAGGGAGAAUCAGAGAAGAAAUGGGAAGGGAUUUGGGGGGAGUGUUGGUAGGAGAAAUGAAAAGAAAUGAAGGAGAUGAGGAGAGUUGGGGAGAAGAUGAGGAGAGAGAGGGAAAGAAGUGGAGAGAGAUUGAGAAUAGAGAGAAAUGAAGAGAUGAAGAGAGCCAGAGAGAAAUCUGGAAAGGUGGAGGGAAAUAGAAAGGCUGUUUAGAAAAAAAAAAACAACAGGAAGAUACGGGGGAGUUGUGAAGUGACAGGGACUGAUACAAAACAUGUGAGGAGACAGGGAGCUGGGGAGCUGGAAAAAGAUGGUGAAAGACAAGAAGAGAUGGCAAAUAUGGGAGAAGGGAGAGAUAGGAAGGUGUGGGGACACAGGGAGAGAUGGGAAAUGUGGGGAGGGAGGGAGAGAUGGCAAAUAUUGGGGGGAAGGGGAGAUGUGAAGACAGAGAAAGGUUGGGGACACAGGAAGAGAUGGGAAAUAUGGGGAGAGAGGGAGAGAUGGCAAAUAUUGGGGGGAAGGGGAGAUGUGAAGACAGAGAAAGGUUGGGGACACAGGGAGAGAUGGGAAAUGUGGGGAGGGAGGGAGAGAUGGCAAAUAUUGGGGGAAGGGGAGAUGUGAAGACAGAGGAAGGUGUGGGGACACAGGGAGAGAUGGGAUAUGGGGGGAGAAGGGGAGGGAUAACUGUCCAGGGAGGCUAGAAGGUUAGGAAGUGACGGGGAAUUCCUUUUCCCAAUCCCCCCCUCCCCUCCCCAGAGACAGGCAGAUAACACAGCUGUCUCAGUGGCGAGAAUGGGGUGCUGGAGACGGGGAGUAGAAGUGGAGGCUGGGAAGGGGGUUCGGGUGGGGGCCUAGUAGCGGGAAUCGGGUGGGGCCGUUGCUCCUGCCAUGACCUCAGACCUAGGGGGCCCAGCCCAGUACUGACGUCAGCCCCCAACUACAAAUGCCCCCCCCAACAAACCAGGCGAAGAAGAGAGAGAGACUCAGGGCAGGGAGGAAGGAGCCCGAAGAACAUGGGGCAGGACACCCCCAAACCCGGCCCCCGUCGGGCGUGCUCUGGCCCCCUCCGGCGGCUCCUGACCGUGGCCUUUGCCCUGCUGAUCCUGGGGGGCAUGACCUGGGCCUACGCCGUGGGGGUCCCCUUGGCCUCUGACCACUACGGCCUCCUGGCCUUCGGCCUCUAUGGGGCCUUCCUCUCGGCCCACCUGGUGGCCCAGAGCCUCUUUGCCUACUUGGAGCACCGGCGCGUGGCCAGCCGGGCGGCCCAGGGCAAGCCCGCGUGCUCGCGCAGGGUGGCGCUGACCAUCUCCGCCUACCAGGAGGACCCCGACUACCUGCGGCAGUGCCUGCUGUCCGCCCGGGCCCUGCAGUACCCCCGGGAGCGCCUGCGGGUGCUCCUGGUCGUGGACGGCAACCGCGAGGAGGACAUGUACAUGGUGGAGAUGUUCCGGGAAGUCUUCGAGGCGGAGGGUCCCGCCACCUACGUGUGGGAGGGCAACUACCACCAGCCCUGGGCCCCCCAGGUGUCGGGGGACAAAGCCGGGGAGGUGGAGGCCGGCGGCUACGUGGAGGUGGAGGCUGAGGAUCCGGGCCGGCUGACCGUGGAGGCGCUGGUCCGGAGCCAUCGGUGCGUGUGCGUGGCUCAGCGCUGGGGCGGAAAGCGAGAGGUCAUGUACACGGCCUUCAAGGCCCUCGGGGAAUCUGUGGACUACGUGCAGGUGUGUGACUCAGACACCCGGCUGGAUCCCAGGGCCCUGCUGGAGUUGUCCCGAGUGCUGGACGAAGACGGGACCGUCGGGGCCGUGGGCGGGGACGUCCGGAUCCUCAAUCCUCUGGACUCCUGGGUCAGCUUCCUGAGCAGUCUCAGGUACUGGGUGGCCUUCAACGUGGAGCGAGCCUGCCAGAGCUACUUCCGAUGUGUGUCUUGUGUCAGUGGGCCUCUCGGUCUGUACAGGAACGACUUGCUGCAGCAGUUCCUGGAGGCCUGGUACAACCAGAAGUUCCUGGGCACCCACUGCACUUUUGGGGAUGACCGCCAUCUCACCAACCGAAUGCUCAGUAUGGGCUACGCUACCAAGUACACGUCGCUGUCCCGCUGCUACUCGGAGACGCCGGCGUCCUUCCUGCGCUGGCUGAGCCAGCAGACGCGCUGGUCCAAGUCCUACUUCCGCGAGUGGCUGUACAACGCCCUGUGGUGGCACCGGCACCACGCGUGGAUGACCUACGAGGCCGUGGUGUCCGGCCUCUUCCCCUUCUUCGUGGCGGCCACGGUGCUGCGGCUCUUCUACGCCGGCUCCCCGUGGGCGCUGCUCUGGGUGCUGCUGUGCGUGCAGGGCGUGGCGGCGGCCAAGGCGGCCUUCGCGGCCUGGCUGCGGGGCUCGCCGCGGAUGCUGCUGCUCUCGCUCUACGCGCCCCUCUACAUGGGCGGCCUCCUGCCCGCCAAGUUCCUGGCGCUGCUCACCAUGAACCAGAGCGGCUGGGGCACCUCGGGCCGCCGGCGCCUGGCCGCCAACUACGCGCCGGCCCUGCCGCUGGCCAUCUGGGCCGCGCUGCUGCUCGGCGGCCUGCUGCGCAGCGUGAUCCACGAGGCCCGCGCCGACUGGAGCAGCGAGGCGCGCAGGACCGAGGCGCGCUACCUGGCCGUCGGAGCCGCCGCCUACGUGGCUUACUGGGCGCUCAUGAUGGCUCUCUACUGGGGGGGAGUCCGCAGGCUCUGCCGGCCCAGGGCUGGGGGCUACCGGGUGUCCGUGUGACAGCCCCUCGGCGAGGCACUCCCCGGGGCCGCGAGACUGGAACUCCGAGGACCUAGGUCCGGUCCCAAGGGGAUUUGGGACUAGUCAUUUUACCUCAGGGCCUCAGUUUUCUUGCGUAAAAUGAGCACGUUGGACCAAGGAGGGGAUCUCAAACGGUUCCUUCCAGCACUAAAAUCUGGUGACCCGACCUGCUUCUUCCUUUCUGGACAAAUCAUCCCCAGUCUCCCGGCUUCUGAUUCCUGAUCUAAAGGAGGGCAGACUCAGCUGCUCACAUGGGAGGGCACGGGCUCGGACUAGAUCUCCGAAGGCUCUUCGGGCACCAAGGCUAUGAUCCUUUGAAUCUCCUUUCAUCCACUAGGCAGCUGGGUGCUGGGGCUCCGGGGUCAGUCAGCCCAACCGCCUGACUAAAUGUGCGGCUUGGAGGUCACUUGCCCUCCUUGGCCCCAGCUUUCUCUUCUAGAAAAACUUUGGGCAUGGGGUAGUACAGCUCAGGGAUUGGCGCUUGAGAUUUCCUUU